UAUACACUCAUUUUCGUAAAACGCUUGAAAAAUUAAGGGAAUUACUAUAAGGUUUCCUGUUAUUUCGAAUUUGUAAAUUUUGAGCUAGUGGCCCAUUAGCAAAGCAAGAAGUUUUCCUAGCAACAGAAUAUUUCACUUAAGUUCGUGGUCAAUUUAGAGUCCAAGGCCUUCCCUUCUCGAGGCACACAAAGAAACCCGUAGUUGUUGUUUCAUAUCUAGUGGCACCAAUUUACCUGUCUUGGGACUGGCACCUAAUGUGUAUAUAAUCGGUCUAGAUAAUUGUUAUUAGAAUAUGUUGAUUGUGGUGGUUUCUAUCAAUUGUUGACGAGAGAACCCAGCGUUAGUUAAGUUCCUCCAUGUGUCAAUUAUUGUGUCCAGUGCUAGAACGCGUAUCUAACUACAAGCAAUUUUGCAGUCCUUCGUGAGCCUUCUUAAAGUCCCUUCCUAUUAAAAAAAAGUGUCUGAAAUUCCUUCCGCUACCGACAAAUAAGGCAAUGAGCUCCUUGAUAGAAUUUUAUCGAUUAAGACGCUACAUUACACUGCCAACGACUACGCAGUACCCUUCUGUGUGAAUAUUGUACUUCUCUCGUUGAUUGACUGCUACCUAAAAGGCACCGAAAACUCGCGAGAAUUGUAAAAUAUCCUGUGGGAGCUUCCACCAGCAUCAUCAAUAUCGUCGUCAUCACGUGUACGCUGCCGAACAAGUACAUUAGACGAAUUGCUCAUUGGUAAACGGACAGCAACAGUGUGUCCUACCCUACCGUCACUCAGGACUCGUUAACUCCGCGUGCCGCCUUAAAUUACUCUCCGCCCGAACUUCCACACCAUAACUCAUUCACGCUGGAAAAGGAUUCAUCGUCACUCGCCAUGGUGGAGAUCCAAAAGGGCAAAGCUGUGAAGCAAGCAGCGUCCUCGAAACGAGAAACAGCGGUAAUAGUCUCAACUCCACUGAAGAAAGUUACAGUCGUUGCGAAGGACGAGGAACUUGUAGCCAUAUCCCCAGAACGACGAAAUUGGCGGGGAAUUUUUAUUGCACUUCUAGUUAUAGCAGCUGUUUUUAGUCUAAUUAUAUUCUCCAUAUUCCUAUUAUCGCCCGAAGACGAGGGUGCUCGGAUUAAAGGAAGACGUAUGACAUUGUCAGAUAUUACAGGGAAAAGUUUACGAUGGAAACCAUUUAAUGGUACAUGGUCAAAUGACGUAGAGCUUAUCUAUAGAGAUCCAACCGGGGGUCUAUCUAUUUUAAGUUUAGAAAACUACACAACGAGAGUUUUAAUGACCAAUUCAACAUUUAGACAAUUAAAUGCAGAAUCCUUUGUAGUGUCACCAGAUCAAAAAUAUGUACUGCUCGUAUCGGACUCAAAUACUUUAGGAUCUAGAUAUCAUGUGUACGAAGUCCAAACACGGAAUACAUUCCCGCUGGCGCCUAAGGAAAACACAGCAGAUGCACCCCUGCUGCAGCUAGUCAUGUGGGCUCCAAACAGUGCGACUUCCAAUGGUUAUACGAGCGUGAAUAAUGGAAAACAAUCAGGAUCGAGUCAGUCAUCAAAUAGCGGGAAAACUGUGUCGCAGGCGAUAGCCUUUGUUCAUGAAAAUGAUUUAUAUUACAAACCUAAAGUACAAGGAGACCUGGUUUGCAGAUUAACGACGACAGGCGAUACGGGAGUUAUUUUCAAUGGCAUCCCUGAUUGGAUGUACGCUAAUGUUCCCGAGCUAAUGAGCCAAACUCUAGCCUUCUCACCGGAUGGGAUGUUCUUAUCGUUUUUAUCAUUUAACGAUAGUCUAGUCAGGGAAUAUAAAUACACAUGGAUGGGGGAUAACAUCAAAUAUCCUGAAGUGCGAACCGUUCGAUAUCCAAAAACAGGAACAAUAAACCCAAACGUUACCGUAUACGUUGUCAAUUUAACAGUUCUCAAAUAUAUAUUUCCACAACAAAUUAAACUACCUGCGGAGCUUUCAAAUGGAAGUUACGUCGGCGGCAUGACAUGGGUUUCUCCAACUGACCUCUCCGUAACAAUAACAGAUCGAGAACAAACCAAAGCCAUGACGGUGAUAUGCCGUGCUCCAGCAUUUGCUUGUUUCGAAGUCCAUACAGAAGUGACAAUAAGCGAUGGAUGGGUCUUGCCAUCCGAAGCACCUAUUUUUUCAAAAUAUAAGAUAACAAAUCCGAAUAUUCCUAUAUUAAAUGCCACGAAUACAACUAAAACAGAUGGCAAUGCUUCAACCACUAAUAGCGAGGGUGACAAAGUAACGAAUGAGUUCACUAAGGGAGGCUAUAUUUUGAGACGUUUGCCUGUCAGGGAUGGAGAGCAUGGGUAUUUCCGACAUGUUGUAUUCAUAUCAUCCUUCGACAAAAGAACCGUUCCCCUGACCAUGGGCCGAUUCGAAGUCACAGAAAUCCUUGGAUGGGAUGAAACAAAUGAAGUUGUAUACUUUAUGGCUGCACCCGAAAGGAAGCCUGGCCAACGUCAUCUCUAUAAGAUUUAUGUGAGGUCAAACGUGAUAAAACCUAGUCGAGUUUAUAUAACCGCAUCACCACCCACAUGCCUCACGUGUGAUAAUUCUCAAUCCACUUUCAAGCUAGUGAGCUUCAAUGAAAAUCAAACAACGAUCGUUACAACAGAUGAAGAAGAAACCGAGCUACCAAACAAUUGCCUAUAUAAUAAAAUCUACUUCAGCAAAGACUAUUCAUACUAUGUGCAGGAAUGCUUAGGGCCUGAUUCGCCUUCAGUUUAUCUCGUAGAUACCCAAACAAAUCACAAGAUAUACGUACUUCAUGCAGGGGACCUGUUGCGUCGACGUCUGGGACAACUAGCUCUACCACAAAUACGAACAUUCAGUGUUGAAAUUCGACACGGGUUUCAAGCGCAAGUCCGAUUGUUUCUCCCGCCUGGAAUGAAGGAGGAUGAAGAAGUAGCGUUUCCGCUCGUCUUACAAGUGGAUGCAGCACCAGGGUCCCAACUAGUUUCCGAAAAGUUCCAGGUGGACUGGAACUGGUAUUUAUGUAGUCAACGAUCCAUGAUUAUUGCUCAAAUUGACGCGAGAGGAAGCGGCUUCCAAGGAGAACUUCUACGAAAUCAAAUUCAUGGAAAGCUGGGAACGAUUGAAAUCGAAGAUCAACUGGGUGUAUUAACGUACCUACGCGACAAUUUGAAGUUCGUCGAUCCGGCGCGAAUAUGUUCUUAUGGCUGGGGAUAUGGAGGAUACGCAGCGGCUCUAACUUUAGCCGAUGAUUCUCAGCAAGUUAUACAAUGCAGCAUAUCCAUCAACCCUGUCGUAUCGUUUGGCUACCACUAUUCCUUCUUUACGGAGAGAUAUAUACCCAUGGGCGGAGACUAUCUUCGAGCACUGCAAGAAUCUGAUCUAACAUCUCGAGUAGAAAACAUCAAGAACCGAAAUUUAAUGAUUGUACAUGGAACGGCUGAUUUGUUUAUUCACCAAGAACAUUCCUUAAUGCUAGCAAGAGCAUUGAUUGACCAUGACGUAAAAUUUAGACACCAGGUUUACACGGACGAAGAUCAUAAACUGUCUGGAUCGCUAGUGCAUCUCUACAAAACCCUUGAAUGGUACAUUGACGACUGCUUCGGACCAAUGGAUGACAAUGAAUGGGAUCCUGCGGGAUUUUUUGUUUUUAAACAGUAGAAUCAAUUGUACUUAGUUUCUAUAUUAUAACAAUUUAGAUGAAAGAAUUCUUUACAAAAUAAAAGAAAAUAAAAUAACUAUUCAAUCGAAACACUAAACAGAUCCAAUGAAAUUAAAAUCAUAAGUGUAUUAUUUUUUAAUAGAAAAAGAUGAGCGUAGCUACAAUUUUAAUGCAAUUGGAAAUUUUCACAUUUUUAUAAAAAAAUAUUUAUUAGACUGGAAUGCAUAAAAAAUAAAAAAUAAAAUUGUUUACAAUUUUGUUAUGUAUAUAAAUUCUAUUUAUACAAUAUUGAACCGUUUUUAGUUAUCGUAAAUUAUUAAAGUAUUUGUUGUGAAGUCCAGUCAUUUGAAAACGAGCCCGUUUUAGGUGCUGUAUAUGUAGCUCAAAAAAAAGUCAGCAGUUUUCCACCAAUAUUUUGUAAAUUUAGUUCAUAAUGUAAAAAUGAAACAAAAACGUUUUGUGAUCAAGCUGUGAAAAUUUUAUAUUAAUAUUAGUUCUCUGUAGUGUAAAGAAAAUUAUGCUUGAAUGUAAUUUUUAUUUGAAUGAUAAGUGGAGCGCAUUAUGUGAAUAUACGAGCAUGUUGGGAAUAUCUCCUCAUAGUACUCCAUCCCUCUUUUUUACAUGCAAAAAUUGGAAAUAGCAAGCGUGAAGAGAGGCGGAUGGAAAGAUAGACACUCCCCCCACACUUCCCUCGAGUGCCCGAAAUAGAAAUUUUAAUAAAAGAAACGAAAAAUGGAUGGGCCCUACAAUUUUCACACUCAGUUCAAUUUUCCCGCAUAUCUUUCCCCUAUUGGCGUAGAAAUAACCUACCGUAGAAACAAAUAUGCCCCAAAUAUGCGCAAUGAUUAUCAAUGAUUUCAACGAUAAAAUUAAAUUAAGGAUUACCAUGCCA